CCAUCACCCAAUUCCUGCCGUGCCGGACAGGACCCUGCUGCCGUUGCUGCCGCUGCAGUCCUUGGAGUGUGCGGCGAUGCGCAGUCGUCACGCCCCGACGUGACGCAUGAAGCCCUCCCGAUCCCAUCCCCUCCCCAUCUCAUCUCUCUGCCGCAAGCCGUGAGCUUUGGGCGUUGGUCUCGCUCCAUCUCCACUUGCGAAGUGACUCCUCGCGUCUCAGUCUUCUCUCUCUCUCUCAGUGCCGGUCCCGCCCGGCUCUCUGCUCGUUCGACCCGCCGGGAGAAAGCGGUUUCACAUCUAAUUCUUCUUAAGAAUUCGCCGUAGCUUCAUCUUCUCUUUCUCCCCAACAUCUCUUGCUCUGCCGUGAGCGUGCAAGUGACCGUCGGGCAACUAUGUUCCUGCUACUUUUGUUCGUGAUCUUCCUGCACAUCGUGCCCAUUGUGCUGCUCUUCGUCUCAACCAUCGACAGCUCAUGGUGGGUUGCGGAGAGCAACGUCACAGAUCUGUGGUAUUCUUGCCACAUUUAUAAAGAAGAAUGGAAGUGCAAUGACAUAAAUUACAAGGACGAAGAUGCAGAGUGGAUUCAGGCGGUGCAAGCCCUGAUGAUUCUGUCGGUGAUCUUCUGCUGCUGCGCAUUCUUCGCCUUCGUCUGCCAACUGUUCACGCUGAAGAAGGGCGGCCGAUUCUUCAUUACCGGAGUGCUGCAGCUUCUGGCGUGUGCCUGCGUUUUGACCGCUGCAUCCAUUUACGUCGGCUGGUUCCAGCCUCAGCACCUGCCCUCCAGUGGCCCCGGCUACUCCUAUAUUCUAGCGUGGGUCGCCUUUCCCCUCACUUUCCUCAGCGGCAUCAUAUACUGCUUUUUGCGAAAGAAGGAAUAGUUUGAGCGGGCAUGUGUUCCCGGGUGGGGUCAAGGGUGCUUUUCCUGGUUGGAGUACUUUUUUGUUUUUUGUCAUAAUCACUGUACUCCCUUUGCAGACGAUGCCACAAGUCCUCAAAAACUUACAAUGCUUUCAUUUUGUACAUGUUUGUAAAUAGACGAGUUCAUUGUUCAAGAAUGCAAUAGGAGUCAUAGACGUAACAUUUGAUUUUAUGAUUUCACGUGUUACUUGACCGAGGCAUCAUAAGAAGUGAAACUGCAUAAAUAUUAAUGUAUUUUCAUCUGUGAAGUAUGCAAUCGAUAGUACUUAACAAUAAUGAUAGUCAGCAUGUUUUCUGCAUAACAUUUUUACAUUUUAAAUGUUUCAUGUUCUAACAUUGAUUACAUGAUUCUUUUAAGAGCUAAAGUCUAUGCCCAAAAGACUUCCAUUGCUUGCUGAAAUCUAUGCAAAAAAAUAACAGCAUGUAAAGUUUUAAGAAGUAUCUUCAUUGUAUUUGUUAAUUUAAAAUCACGAGAUUAUGAUGGGGCAUCCUUCGAGGACUAGUCUUCACGUAAAAAGCCUUGACUACAAUGCUUACAGUACAGUGUAUUAAUAGUGGCAAAAAAACUGCUUUAUGAAAUAUGCAAGGUAUUAUUAUCAGGUAUUUUCUUUAUUUUAGCUUUCUAUCAAAUAUAAUAUCUGGACAAAGUUACAUUUUAAACAUAUUUAAUUUAAGACACUAAUACCAUAAUAUUGUGCUUCAGAAAAGUAAUGUGCAACAUAUUAAUGAUAAUUCGCUAUUUUUCUUCAGCAGUAUUUUACAUUUUUCCCCUAGAUUAUUUCAAUUUAUUCCCAUGAGAAAUAAAACUAGACUUCUUAAAUUGAACUUUGUUUAGGUAUGAUGAUUUUUUUAAUGGGUAAUGUAUUGAAUAGGGAAAUCCAAUGUGUUGAUACGUAAGCUUAAGUUGAACCGUUUUGUGUUAGCGUUAUGCGAACGCUAAAAGACAAUAGUAUCACAAAACAUACAAUGCACAUUCUAAACAAAAAUUUGCUUGCAAUCGCGUUCAUUAGGGUUUGCAAAAAAUAACCAGAUUCCUUGCACAUUUCAUUGCCAAGCGACUUCUGGGGUAGUGCAGAGAGGUCUGUCUUUGUCUCCCCUUUGCGUGAUCAUUUACUUUGCAAUCAGAAAGUUGUUGGAAAUGUUGACUUAAGUGCAAAAUUACGAGAAAUUACGUGAAUGACCUGAGACCAAGCGGUACAUCCACACGAUCGUCUACUCGAGAAUUUAUGACUGCAUUUUCUCAAAGUUGACAACACUGGGAAAUGCAUAAGUUUCGUAUUUACACCCGGGUUGAUGCCCUUAACGAAGUUGACCGUGUAAACUUAUGAGUUGAUUGGAAAAAAAACCCAAUAUUGUCCAUUCCAAGCACAUUCAGAUUUCAAUGGAGCAGAGGAAAGAGUGGACCGUGUGAUACUUGUGAUCUGUGUGAUUACCAGAAACAGCAGUAACCACCCUGGGGCUCUCCACUAGUAACCUACCGUUACAUCUGCGUUGCAUAUUGUAAACACUUGUACUGUAAUGUUAACCCUCUUAGUGCUAUUAUUAUUUUUAACAAUAUAGACGCGUCGAAGAAGAACACCCUACUAAAUCCAGCGCACCUACGAUCCGAGUAAUAUUUUGUACGUGUGUUGUGCGUUCACGCUAUAUAUCAGGAUUCUGUGGGGGCUUUUGGACGUGGCACGUUUAAAUGUUGGUGGGCAUCACACCAGCUACAAGUGUUUAUCCAAUCCAAGGCAGUCACGGAAGGAGGUGCAAGUCGUACGGUUGCAACUGUGACCGAAUGCUAUCCAAGGAUCACUGGGUGGUCCUCAAUGAGUAGCCAAAGAGACCAAUCACAUUUUAUGGGAUUUAUUUUUUCAAUAAUGGACAAUUGAAAGUCAAUAAUAAUCCAAUACACUGUACUCGAAAUGCAGUCAUGCCGUGUCUACGAUGACAUUCUGUUGCUCAGCCUGAAAUAAAACUCUUGUUUUAAAUA